AUGGACAGCGGCGGCGACCGCUGUUCUGCUGAAGGAAGCUGCAAUCCUGACGUGGUCAGCGAAAAACACUUGUUUAAAUCCGAACUGUCCGAGUCCCUUGUACAGCUGGCGUGCAGCCACCAUCACUGUGCUUUCCCUUGGAAUCGCACUGAGCUGUGCGUCUGGAAUACUGCAACUGCUCAGCCAUUACUAUUGUCAGGACAUCAUUACUCAAUUUCGGCGGUGUCAUUUGGAAGUAAACCCAAUCCACUUCUUGUCUGCUCUGCUUCUCAUGAACGUGUAAUAGUGUGGGAUCUUGAUGAAUGCGCACAGAAAGUGCAAGAAGGGUUAUCACCUCGAGGAAUUGUUAUAGGAACUCUUUUGGGAAUGGUGCUUCAUGUAAGAUUUAGUCCGGAUGAUGAACAGGUGGCAGUAUGCGCUGGAAAUUGCAUCUACAUGUUAAGUGCAAAGAAUGAAGCUGUACUAGCUGAAUUGGAUGGCCACCAAGCUCCAGUGACUGCUGCUGAGUUCUGCACAUGGGAGAAAAGUAUGCUUAUAUCAGUGUCAGAAGACAGAACCUUUAAGGUGUGGGACUAUUCUACUGGCCAGUUAAUAUAUCAGUCAGGAGUAUUAACAGCAUUUCCUCUGUUAAGUCUUCUAAUUGAUGAAAAAAAUAAACAGAUGAUCACUGGAUGUGCUGAGGGACAGCUUUGGAUCUUCAGUUUAAUCACUGAUCACAAUUACCGUUGCAUAGCACUUAUCAACUUAAAGAAAGAGCACGAGAAAUUCUGUAGUAAAGCAUGGAAAUCUGGAAAAGAAAUAGGUGAAGGGCGAAAUACUUCCAAGCUCUGCAAAACAAACAACAUGAGACCAGAAAGAUCAGUAGAAACAUCAUUACCUGUCCUCUUAAUUGAACACUGUGACUUUUCAGUAUGUUUCCAUAAUGAAGAAAACAUAUCUUCUGCCCUGAAUACUGCCUAUUUUUGGAUAGGAACCUCCACUGGCUUGUUAAUAAUUAAUUUGGCAAACUUUGAAUUAGAAGGUUUUUUAUCUUACAAAGAUCACAGUGACCUCAGCAUUCGGUUUGCUGGAUCAUGUGCACUAACACGGAAGGCAGUUAAUGGAAAGGUUUUAUGCUUGAUCACCUCAAUGUUUGAAGAUAUGAUUGCUGUGUUGGAAGUGAACCUUGCUGGGUUGGUGAGAACUCAGCACAGUGCUUUUCUACUAUGUGGAAACAAAAAAAGCCUAUCGGUUAUUGCCAGGUGUUCUUUAUUGACAAAUUCUCCAUUGUGUAAAGGUUUAAAGAAAAACUUGAAAGAACCUUCUAAUAAAACGUUUGGAGUGAAAAGCAUGGUGAAAGAUCAGCCACUGGUUUUCCAUAAUAAAAUUAAAUCAUCAGGUUAUACAUCAGCACCACAAAUGACCAUGUUUUCUCCAAAUAAUAACCUGAAGAAAAGUGAGGUAUCAAAGUGGAAGACCACUUGUAGACGUAAAAAUAAAGAAUAUCCAUUGGAAAGUUAUCCUCCAAUCAAAUAUGAGAAAGAGAUAUCUGUUACUUCUAAACCAACUAGAAUUUGUUGCAUUCAGUAUUCUGAUCACAGUGACCUCAGCAUUCGGUUUGCUGGAUCAUGUGCACUAACACGGAAGGCAGUUAAUGGAAAGGUUUUAUGCUUGAUCACCUCAAUGUUUGAAGAUAUGAUUGCUGUGUUGGAAGUGAACCUUGCUGGGUGUUCUUUAUUGACAAAUUCUCCAUUGUGUAAAGGUUUAAAGAAAAACUUGAAAGAACCUUCUAAUAAAACGUUUGGAGUGAAAAGCAUGGUGAAAGAUCAGCCACUGGUUUUCCAUAAUAAAAUUAAAUCAUCAGGUUAUACAUCAGCACCACAAAUGACCAUGUUUUCUCCAAAUAAUAACCUGAAGAAAAGUGAGGUAUCAAAGUGGAAGACCACUUGUAGACGUAAAAAUAAAGAAUAUCCAUUGGAAAGUUAUCCUCCAAUCAAAUAUGAGAAAGAGAUAUCUGUUACUUCUAAACCAACUAGAAUUUGUUGCAUUCAGUAUUCUGGGGAUGGAGAGAUGCUGGCUUGCGGCCUGGCUGACAAGGCUAUACUGAUAUUCAAUUCCAAUCUCACCGAUACAUGUAAUGUUUUUACAGGUCAUGAUGGUGCAGUUAACUCUGUUGGCUGGAGUCAUAACAAGAAGUGGUUAGUUUCUACAUCAGAAGACAGAACUUUAAGGGUCUGGUCAGUCUGCAAGAAUGAAUCUGUCCUAAUUCUGGGUAAAGAGAAUUUCCAUAAGACUGUACGCUUUGCACAGUUUUAUUUUAUAGAUGAAUUUAUAUUGCUGUGUUGUGGAGCUGAAUUUCAUCUAUUAAGUUUCCACCUCGACACAACCAAGGAUGACCUCAAAAGAUACAAACAGAGAAGUGUUUGCAAAUUGGUACAGAAAUUUCCCAUGGCUUCAACAAUGGAGAUUACCAGCCUUUCAGCAGUAAAUGAUUUCUAUUCUCAUAUUGUACUUACAGCUGGCAGCAACCGAGCAUUGGAAGUUUUUGACCUCAAUGCAGGCUGCAGCACAGCAGUGAUACCAGAAGCUCAUACUAGAUCAGUCUAUCAGAUCUGCCAAAAUAAGGGGUCAUCAUUCAGCACUCAGCAACCUGAAGCUUACAAUCUUUUCAUGACCACAGCUGCCGGUGAUGGCAUCAAACUGUGGGAUUUAAGAACACUGAGGUGUGAACGUCGUUUUGAAGGGCACAGUAGCCACCGCUGUCCAAGUGGAAUUGCAGUAUCUCCUUGUGGACGGUUUAUAGCCAGUGGAUCAGAUGACAAAUGUGCUUACAUAUAUGAAAGGCAUUCAAGCACUUUUUCACAUAAACUAGGAGGACACACAGAAUCUGUCAUCAAUGUGGCUUUUAGUCCCUCAUCUCCACAGCUCACCACAGCCACCUUGGAUGGCAAACUCCAAUUGUUUCUACCCUGAUAUUUCCCAGCCUGUGGAGCUUUGGCCCUGGUGCUCUGAAAAAUAACGGCUUGCUGAGAGAAAGGAG